AUAUUGUCGGCAGUCGGAUGUCGCGAAUAGCGGUUUUUGCAGCAGUCUAGAUGAUAUGGCGUCGUCCAACAUUUUCUCCAGAGUUUGUGAAGAUGUGAAGUAGCUGUAACUCAACAGUACGGUACGACACAGGGAUACUCUGGCGCUGUGGCGGUUUUGGCGUUCGGAAUUGACCUCACCGAGGAAGACUGGCGUGGUCCAAGUUGUCCGCUCCAUGUCUCAUCGCUGUCUGGGAGGGACAGUUGUGGCUAGCUUGUAGGCUAACUACGUUUACUGACCAGUUGGCUGGAUUAAAGUACAGUUUACGCCAGCUGCCGUAUUUGGAUAAGUUAGUCGUAGGUAGCUAACAAACCAACAGAAAGCAGUAAUGUUAGCUUUUAGCUACAUUCAUUAACCAAUUAGUAGCUAAGCGAGGAUACCACCCUGGCUAACUCGUUUAAGUUGACCCGCAGGGUUGCAGCGCCGCUCAGUGUUUCCAUGGCCGUCAGCUGAUGUGCGAAGCGAUGCGGCACCACUGGCUGCUGCUUGGGGCUUGCGGCUGGGUGCUGCUCAUCCUCAUGUUUGUCAGCAAGUUCAUCAGCUUCAGAGCUGUAGAUGACUAUGGAGAGAGGGUCGGUGGUCAGAGCUGGACGGUGCCAGGCGCCCAGGUGGUUAAACCCAUCCCCGUUUCCAGCCCAGAAGACCCUGUUCCACAGCCAUCAGAUCAGGCCUCAGCAGUACCUACAUUGGCAGAUUGGCAGACAGUCGCUGAUAAGCGUAUGGAGCUGCUCUCAACUAUAUGUAAGAACAGCAGCCUCAGGAAUUUGACUCAUGUCUCCAUCACCAAGUUUGUCCUAGACCGCAUAUUUGUCUGUGACAAACACAAGAUCUUGUUCUGCCAGACGCCUAAAGUGGGCAAUACCCAAUGGAAGAAGGUCCUCAUUGUGCUGAAUGGAGCAUUCUCCACUGUGGAGGAGAUCCCAGAAAACCUUGUUCAUGACCAUGAGAAAAACAAACUGCCCCGCCUCUCGUCGCUCACGCCGCAGGAAAUUACUCGCAGAUUGAACACCUACUUUAAGUUUUUCAUCGUGAGAGAUCCCUUUGAGCGCCUGAUUUCUGCAUUCAAGGACAAGUUUGUGAAGAACCCACGAUUUGAGCCUUGGUACAAGCAUGACAUCGCUCCAGCUAUCAUCCGCAAGUACCGCAAAAGCCACCGCGACAACAACCUUGCCGCCUCUGGCCUGCACUUUGAGGACUUUGUCCGUUACUUGGGUGAUGCAGAAGGCCGUCGCCGCAUGGACCGACAGUUCGGUGAGCACAUUAUUCACUGGGUGACUUAUGCAGAGUUGUGCGCACCUUGUGAAAUACACUACAGCGUGGUUGGCCACCACGAGACACUGGAGCAAGAUGCCCCCUACAUCCUCAAAUCAGCAGGCAUCGACCAGCUGGUGUCCUACCCAGCCAUUCCUCCAGGCAUCACCCGCUACAACAGGACCAAGGUGGAGCACUACUUCUCAGGCAUGAGCAAGCGAGACAUCAGGCGUCUCUACGCGCGUUACCAGGGUGACUUCCACCUUUUUGGUUACCCAAGCCCAGACUUUCUACUGAACUAAAAUGAUUAACACUGACUAAAAGACAUGUUUUCAUAUAAAAUCCUCUCAGCUUCUUUGGUUUACUGAAACAGAGGUGUAUCGUAGCUGACUGUGUGCCACAAAACUGGCAGACUUGAAUGGCUCAUCGGCAGUAGAUGGCACAAUGUAAUGUCUAUUCUUAUUUUAGCCACUUUUGUUGGAAUAACUGAAAGGUUGUUGCGAUGUUGGCUAUGUUUGCAAUUGCUGAAAAAGUGCUGCCUACUAUUCAAAUAUUUAACAGUACUGUUACGGAAACAGGGGCUGUAACUGAUAAGCGUGCUAUCAGCAAACCUAUAGUGUCAUGACACAGUGAGGAGAGAAAGUUUUGCUGCAAAAGAUGGGAAGUGAGCACAGGCAACACAGUCACAUAAAGAGAUUCAGCAGUGAUAAAAGUUGCAGAAUGCAUCACUUUGUGUGGAAAAAGGUCAAUAUAAAGAUCAAAUACAGGUGAGGGUCAAAUAGACACACAUUUGCUGUCUUAUAUUUAAUUUUUCUGACAGAAUUAUAUGUCAAAGAGGUUUUCUCUGUAAAUCCAGGGAUACAGGCCCAUUACCCUGUAAAGUAGCUAUUAUAUUGCACUCUAUGGAUCACCUGUUUGAAUGAUUCAUUCUGUCAACGAAAGCUAUGAACAAGGCUAUGCGUUUUGACAUGUGUCCAAUGUGUCUUUUCUGUACUUCUUGCUGUCAUGCUUGACAUACGCAAAGGUAGUCUGUAUCCGGGAUGCUAAAAUUUUUGGACAAGAGUGAACAGCGAGAAUAUAAUACAGACUGUCUGGACAUUUCUGCGACCAUUUUUCAUUGAUAUUUUUAUGAGGUACAAAUCAGUGUUAACUUUUUAUAUUUUUUUUUACCAUUGAUUUUUUUGCUUCAUGCAAGGCAUAUUAAUGUCUUGUAAGACAGUAAAUUACCCAUCAAAUGUCAUGAAAUAGCCUCAAAAUGGUUAAAAAAAAAAAUUAACUUUCAAAAUGAAACCAAGACAUUGUUCGUGCCGUGAUCCAUACCGUAGCCAUUGUUCUGGUUGCUCAGCCUUGUUGACUCCAUUUAUUCAGUUGUUAAUGCACUGGGAUGAUGAAAGAAAGUUGGAACUGGAUUUUAAAGGAACAUUUUUCUAUCAGAAAUGUACAGUGUAUAUGUUCUUAACAUGACUUGCUACUCACCGUUUGUAUUACAUGUUGCUAUUUAUAAUAAUAUUAACUUGCUGACUAGUGGCACAAAAGGUGUCCCAGUUGUAAGACACUACUGCCUCCCUGCAACCACCUGGUGACCUUUUAGGACAGGUGGUUGUGAUACAAGGACAACACUAGUUGGUAAUAUAGUUACGUGUGAAAUAAAAGAAUGUGUUCUUUCUA